AUGACGAAGCGGGCCUACGAGCAGAGGAUGGGAAAGGACCAAUGGACGAGACCAGAGGUACCACAUGCACGACUGCUUGACAGCCAAGCAGGAAUAUGGGAUUGGCGCGUCUACGUCAAGAUCGCACUGGCUGCCCCUUACCUGCGAGUGAUUCAGCCCUUGCUCGCCCGAUCGUCAUUCGAACAACGAACACGUCAGACGAAGAGCCUGCAGACCAACAAAGACCGUGCGCUCUUGCGACACGAGAACAUGGCCCCUUCCAAUGAUAAGCGACGGCCAGCGAAACCAAGUGCAAAGACCGAGGUGUUGAGAAAGUUUCCGCACUUCGGACCUCUUCGAUCCUUGAUCCGCAUGAAAGGCGCCAUCGAGUCGGGCAUUGCAACGGAUCGAGGGAAUCGUCGGGAUCCUUAG